AUGUUUGCCUUACACUUACCCCUCUUAUAGAUUGAUAUAAUUGAAAUCCACAAAUAUAUUUUAAAAAAUUAAAAAAAAACCCAAAACAUAUAAAAAACUUAGAGAUGGAGCUAGAAGGAAAAGGAUGCAUGGCAUGGGAAGACCAAAACUUGCUUGCAACUGGAGCCGAUCAUUUAGAGCUCCAUUACUUAGACAGAAACGAGUUCAAAUAUAUCUACACCCUUCAGCCUCGCUCUCCAAUUUCAUGUUUAGAAUGGUCCAAGCAUGGUGACGGAUUUCUUGCGGGCGGCUCAAAACGAGGGACUCUAUCAUUCUGGAAGAAAAAUGAGCUACUAUCCGACCCAAGCCGCAGCUUUAUUAAAGAAGAAAAGAUCCUCGAAAGCGUUCCAGUCACCACAAUCCAAUUCUGUCCCAGCAAGCAAAACUUGUUAGCAGUCGGAGCAUCUGAUGUGUUUAUUCUGAAUGUUGAUGGUCUUAAUAAGCAAGACCCUUCUCAAUAUAUUUAUAAGCUUGGAAGCUCAAACGAAGGUGUAGCAUUAGCUGCCUUUUCAUGGAAUCCUCAAGUCCAGCACAUUUUGGCAGCAGCUUCUAUGAAUGGAAUGGCAACUGUAUGGGAUUUAAGGCAAAAUAGAACCCUUUUCAACGUAUGUGACCAAGCUUAUCUGAAUAAGGCUGCCUGCUCUUCACUGAUGUGGAAUCCAGAAAUUCCAACCCAAUUUAUAAUGGCUUAUGACGAUGCCAAAAUCCCAGCUUUACAAAUAUGGGACUUAAGAAAAAGCGAUGUGCCUGUAAAAGAAUUCAAAAAAAACCACAAAAACGGAAUCACUUCUAUGGCUUGGUGUCCUCAUGAUUCAGGAAUUUUUGCAUCAAGCGACAGGGCUGGAUUUUCGGUGAUUUGGGAUUUUAAGAGGGGUGAAAAUCUGUCAAUUGUGGAGCAUCAUGUUAACUCUGACGUUGUCUCAUUGAAAUGGGUGCCUGGAAAGUAUGGAGUUUUAGCUGCUGGUGGAGAAGACGGGAGCAUUGAGGUUAGAAGCAUUUAUGACACUGGCGUUAAAGAGCCAAAUGAAAAAGUGCAUACAACUAGUGAUGAUCCAAAGACUGAGACCAAAAAACCUGGAACUAAUCAUACUCCAAAAUGGCUUUUAAGAAAGGUUGGGUCCGCUAUUGGCUUUAAAGAUAAAAUUGCAGUUUACAACCAAAAUUCCAACUCUGUGCAUUUAUCAGCUUUAAGCAUAAAGAACAAAGAAUUAGAAGAAAGCUGCUCAGUCCUUCACAAGCUUUAUUUGCAGGACAAUUGGAAAGAAAUCAGCAAAUAUUACAUUGAAAAUCACCACAUGCCAGCUGAAGAGAAACUGCAAUGGGAAAUAAUUUCAUCCAAAUUCUCAAAAGACCAGUCUUCAUUAUUAGCAUCUCUAGAUCUAAAUAAAAAAGAUAUCAUCCAAGAAACUGAAAUUUUCACAGGAAAAAAGAGAGAAACUGAAGAAACCACCACAAAUAGGAAACAAAGCUUCCAGGACUCAGUCUCCUUUGCAGAACUAAGCGCUUUAGAUGCACAAAAUUUCUUUGACAAGGUAGUAGCUACUCAUGCCCCUGAAAAAGUCUCGUCACCUCAGAAGCGCACACAAGAAAUCGAUUAUUCCAGAGUGAUCAAUGAAACAAUUUCAAGAAACAUCAACUGGAAUGAAGCUGGAGAAAAAUUAAUCAAGGACAAUUUGAUUAUUAAAAACUUAGAAAGCGCUAUUGAUUGUGCUUUAAUGUGCGGAAGAAGUGCAGAAGCACUGAUUAUUGCUGAACAUGGUGGCCCAGAACUGUUUAAAAGAACAAAAAAUGCAGUCAUUUCAAGCUCAAAAGACCUUUUCUUGAAGACGACCUUUUUAGCUUUGCUUAAUGGAAAAAUUGAAGAAAUUAUACCAACUUUUGAAAUUGGGCGAUGGAAAGAAAUUCUUGCAAUCAUAAUUUCCCAUGGAGAAAAUAAUGUUAAUGAAUUAGCGUUAUCAUUAGCAGCUAGGCUUGAGGAAGAAAAUAUGCUUGAAGCUGCUUAUGCUUGUAUGGCUGUUGCUGGAAAUUUCAAUAAACUUGUGGAGUCUUGGAUAUCACAAACAAGCAGAGUCAUUGCUGGGGAUAGAAAAAAAUACGCAAGCCAAGUUCAAUAUUUGUUCUUCAAAGCUUCAGCAUUAGCAGCAUCAAAUAGAAGCUUAUCUGAUAAUAAGCUACUUGAAAAUAUUGAGUAUGAAUACUUGCAGUUGCUUUAAUCUUCAUGAUAAUAGUAAUGGCUUCGGACAAAAAGUUAAUUUACUCUGUGAAUUCCAUUCAACUUUUAUUAUUAUAGGGUUAGGUUUUUAAAACAUGUCCUUUUGCACAAGAGGAGAAAAUAGCGAGAAAUUUUACUCUACGGCCACCUAAGGAUCGUGUUUAGCUUUUUAAUUGAAUUUCAAAAAGCAAAUUUUUAAUUGAUGAAUUUCGGUGAAAAUUGCAACAUAAGAAUUUCGCUGCUAGUUAUUCUUACUGUCUUUAAGGUCAUAGCGACUCUUAAUUUCAUUAACAUAAAAUUCCUUAUAUAAGGUAACUCCAUCUUUAAUAUGGAUUUUGUAUUGAAUUUAAAAAGUCAGAUGUUUUCAGUGAUAACUAAAGUAAAAGCAUUACUUUAUUAGUUCUCUAUACUGCCUUUAUAGGUCUUAUCAAUUUUUAAUUUCAUUGACAUAAGAGAUUUCUUAUAUAAGGUAAUUCCAUCGUUAUAAUGGAUUUUUGUAUAGAAUUUCUAAUAAGCAAAUUUUUAAUAGACAAUUUAUUGAUAAGAAUAGCACAUAAUUAUUACUCUUCAGACCUCUUUACUGUCUUUAAAGGUUGUAGCGACUCUUAAUUUUAUUGAAAUAAAAUUCCUUAUGAUGUAAUACCAUCUUUAUAUGGCUUUUGUAUUGUAUUCAAAAAUUAAUUUUUUAAUAGAUAAUUUUCAAUCAUAAUUGAAAGAUAAGUAUCUCUCUAUUAGCUAUAUCUAUAGCCUUUAAAGGUCAUAGCGACUCUGGAAUUAUACUAGGAAGUUAACUUAUCGUCAUAAUUCAUAAUAAUAUUUAAUUUUUCAAUAGAAAAUAGGAAAAAUAGGAAAGAUACUUAUCAGUGUCAGUCUAAAAGAUAUCUUUAAUUUAAAAUUAAUUUUUUAUAAUAAGCUUUAAGUUUAAGUUUAAGUUUAAGUUUAUGUUUUUGAUAACUCUUAAGACUGCACUUCUGGCCUCCGCAAAGACACAACUCUGAAUAAUUGUAGGUGGGUCGGCCUAAGCGUCGACCUAUUUCUGUCCCCAAGCCCAUUAGAGCCUCUCUGAUCUACAGCAGAGUCAGUUUAGGUUCAUUCUCUUAGCCGAGACUUUCAAAAAUUCGUGGACUUCUCUCACUGAGCCUACUCCUAACUGACAUUUUUAAUUGUGAUAAUAAAGCCAUUUUAAAAAUUUGCGCGUUUGUAUGUAAACUUUGUUCACAUUUGUCAACAUUUUUUGACAUAUUAUUUUUUAUCCCUUCAUGGCAUAGAGACCCAGUUUGCAACUGUAUGGGCUAUAAUUAUAUGUUUCUAAAUGGCUUCACAGGACGAGAAGGAGCAACCAGACUGCGAAACCAACAUGAGUUAAAGAGUAGCGACAAGAUGGAGAAAAAAAGAAUCGAGCGACUCUUCGCAACUAGAUGAAGCCCAACAAAAAGUUAGUUAAAAAAUUAGUUAAUUGAUUGAUUGCUUUAUUCUUCAGGGCUUUAUCAAGAAGCUGAUGAAAUUAUUAAAAAAUUACCAUCAGUAAAGCCAUAGCAUUAACAUUAACCUUAUUAUUAAGAGGCCCAUCGUAAUAGUUAGGGUUUCCCCCGCUCUACCUUCACCCUUCUCGCUUCACCCGGUUGCUCACCACCAAUCGAUAGCGACCUUCAAGGCUUGCUCCUACUGGGCGAGCAUGUUCACUCGCUACCCGUAGUUGGAUGAGUUACACCACCUAGCAGUACGUCAAAAAGAGGUUUCCCAUUCCGAAAAUUUGAAAAACAAACUUUCUGGUAGGACUGUCGGCCAAAAUGGAAAUCCAAAGCCUGGGACGUUACUCCCAGUUUCAAGCUAGGGAGUUGCCCGAUUGAUCAGGAGGUACCUUCCUGAUGCUGCUGAGCUUCCCCUUUCCAACCUAGGAAACCAUUUCCCCUGAGGCAAAAACCCUGGUGUCAGAAUGAGCUUCGGUCGGCCUAGUCCGACGUUGCGCUCUACUGUGCCAAGGAAAAAUUUAGCCGGAUACACAUCCCGAGCGCCUUUCUCCCUUCCACAAGGUUCCCCACAAACGCAGGCUACAGGUGUUGAGAAAAAGGGCUGGAUCACUGUCGCUAUUUUAAUGUAUAUACUGCCAGUAAAGCAUUGUAUGAAUUUGUUAGUUUUACUUGAUAGAGUUACAAAAAAUGCCACAGGAAAUUCAAGAGCUCCAUGGCAAGUGGCAAAUGUUGUUCCCGUCACUCAAAAAAGAAAAACAAUUGAGCAGUCAAUUCCAAAGACAAAAGAAACUAACUUCCCUCCCCAUUUAAUUGAAAUAAAAAACUCCUUUCUAAUAUAAAUUUUUUUGGAAAAAAAAAUUAUUAUGUAAUUUUCAUAAUAAAAUAAUAAAUAUUUUUAUAAAUAAAAAAAUAAAUAAUUUUAAAUAAAAAAUCUCAAUUGAAUCAAUAUUUUAAUUGAUUUUUUUGAAAAAUUUUCAUUAAAAAUUUUAAAUUUUUAGAGUGUCAACUGUUUAUAUAGCAUUCUAUUUGAAAUCUCUCAUUAAAUAAGGUCAAAUCUGAUUAUAUAAAAAUUAUAAUUUCCAUCUAUAAAAUUUUCCAUUGAAAAAUUAAAUUAAAACGAUAUUUAUUUACCCAAAAAUAUCAAUUUUACGAUAUGCUGUUCCAAUUUAAAGGGAGAAAGGGGAGUAAGCAUGAUCCAUUCCCUGUUCCUGUUUCUAGGACUUCUCCUCCAUAUAGCGAAGCUCCUAUUAGGAAAGGGUCAAUUCCAGAUCCUCCCCAUCCAAAAGUUGUUAAUGCUCCUAUUCACCCUCCUCCACCUCAGCCAGUCAAAAAUCAAGCGUUUCAGGGUAGUAUGGUUCCUCCACCUCCAAUUGAGCCUAAAACUUCACCUUUUGGAAAAACUCAUGCAUCUCCAUUCCCAGUAACUAGAGAAGAAGUCCCUCCACCUCCAGUUGGCAUAAUGACUUCUCCAUUUGGAAAUCAAGGAAAUGUGCAUAGUGAUACUCACUCAGGAGAAACCAUUGCCCCACCUCCUCCUCCACCUGUUAUAAAACAAACAAUUCCUCCACCGCCUAUAGCCAGGCCAAAUCCUCCGCCACCUCCAGUUAUUAAUACACCAGUAAAAGAGCCUGAAGUAAUCCCUAGACCUCCAGUAUUCCAGCCUGUUCUUACUCAACAAGAAGUUCCUGUCAAAACUCCAAAUUUCCAACAAAUGGGACAGCAAUAUGAAGCUGCAAAAGAGCCUCCACCUAUUGUAAAAGCUCAAGCCCCAAUACCACACGCUGUUAGUGUACCUAGGCCUCCAGUAAGAACUCCAGGAGCUUUUAAGCCACCAGAGAGAAAAGUUGAAACAAAACAAGCAGAAGGAAUCGAUUUAAGCGGAAUUCCUAAUAAUUUAAUGCCAAUUGCAAGAUUUUGGGCAGAUGCAAUUCAGCAGCCUUCAAUUACCCAAACUAGUAGGUUAUACAAAGAUGUGGAAAGCCGCAUGCAAGAUUUCUUUAAUAAGUUGAAGAAUCAAGAAUUUAAUGAGUCUAUCAUGCAGCUUAUCCAACAAAUGACAACUGCUUUUGAGUCAGGAGAUAUAAAGACAGCAAUGGGAGCACAUUUAUCACUAACAAAUGCGUCGUGGAAUGAAAACUCGAACUGGCUUAUGGGGGCGAAAAGGAUUAUGCAAGCUACACAGCCAAAGCAAUAA